GAACCUGUAUUUGUGAUGUUUAGCCAAUGAGGCGCUGUCCUUGUGACUGUAGGCGGUCCACGGAGUCACGGGAUUGUGCUGUGACUUAUGUUUAUUUCAGGAACUGUUUGUGGAAGUGAAGAAAGUCACCAUUGAUUCCGUGUUUGGGGCCCGAUUUACUUGUAAUAAAGACAAUUAAAAGCAGGUUAUUUUACAUUAAAUUAGGACAAAAACAGGAGAGAAAAUAGCGACUUUAGCUUCUGAACAGAAGUAAAAGUAACGUUUUAAGAAUGGUCAAAAAUUGGAUGGUGUUGGAAAUAUAUAGGAGGCUAAACUAGAGAUAAGUAUUUGCAAUUAUUUUAUUUAUUUAUUAUCGUUAUUCAUAUUUUUAUUUGUUUACAAUUUGACGUGGAAGUGUCUUAUAAAUAAUUGAAUAUACGCGGUGUGCAUUAAGUUCUUUAUAAACAAAUACUAAAAACAGCUAUUAUUGUUUUUAAUAUUUAGUUCAGUCGGUUGUCAUUGGUAUUAUUGUAAAGUAAUCAUCUGUCAUUUAAAUACACAUUCUCAGUCGCCUCAGUGCUACUAGUCAUACAUAUGUCAGGGCCAUCUAAAGAAAAACUUACUUGAAACUUAAAUGGAAGCUAAUAGCUGAAUAUAUGAAAUACUACUAUUUGGACAUGUAUGUUUGUGAAUAGUCAGCUGUAAAUGACUGUUUCACUUUACGAUAAACUAGCAUAAGAAUAACGGUUUCGAGAAAAUUUCGUUUUACUUUCUUUUUGUUUUGGAAAGCCUUACAAAUUCUACCAACUCAUUUUACUGUAUGCAUUAUUGAUACAGACCAAACUUGACGACGACGUGGUGGCUAUAGAUGUAAAAUAUUUAACACUGUAAAGUCGUUUUAAGUUGUAACAUAAUAAAUAAGAUUUUUUUUUUUUUUUUAAACUUAAAACUUUGCUAGAUUUGUUGGAGAUGUAGGUUUGUUUAGUAGGAUUUCAUUCAAAGUAAACUUAAAUGUGAAACUGAAUUGCCAUAUAAUACAGAAGUCAGAAAAUAAAUAAUGGGAAGCCAUGAAGUUAUUGAGAGUACCCCUCUUUUGGGACCCCAAACCAAUGGUAACAGGAGCCCAGUGUCUGUCUUUGAAGGCAGGAGACUGGCAUGCGCAGCGAUCCUGAUAGCAGAAUCUUUGGAAAGAGUGGCCUUCUAUGGGAUUACCGCAAACCUGGUCCUGUUCCUCAACGGAGAGCCAUUCUUCUGGGAGGGGGCACAAGCCAGCCAAGCCCUGCUCAUCUUCAUGGGCGUCACCUACCUUGUGUCGCCCUUUGGUGGCUGGCUAGCUGAUGCCUGCCUGGGGAAGUUCUGUACUAUUAUCUGCAGUAUGCUUCUCUAUCUUUUUGGGAUGUUGGCUUUCCCCUUCAUCACAGCGUUGGAGACAAGAAAUGCCCUUUGUGGGGAAGUCAGAGCUUACCCUGUGCAGCCUUCAGAGUGCAUAAACGGCACUAGCAGCAGCAGCAAUGUGACCUGUCCCUACCCCCAGCAGUACUGCAGUCCUGUGAUCUUCAGUGGUCUCGUAAUAAUUGGUAUCGGUGUGGGAUCAGUGAAAUCAAACAUCACCCCCUUUGGAGCUGAUCAGGUGAAGGACAGGGGCCCUGAAGCUACUCGUAGAUUUUUUAACUGGUUUUACUGGUGCAUUAACCUGGGAGCAAUUCUGUCUUUGGGUGGCAUUGCUUAUAUUCAGCAGAAUAUAAGCUUCAAUCUGGGCUACAUCAUUCCCACCGUCUGCCUUGGCGUUUCCUUCUUGGUGUUCCUGUGUGGCCGGACUGUCUUCAUCACCAAGCCAGCAAAUGGUAGUGCCUUCACUGACAUGUUUAAGAUUCUUGGCUACUCCUUCUGCUCCAGCCAGCGGCACAAGGAGCCAGCCAGGUUAAGAAAUCAAGAAGUGUGUCUGCCAAGGCCAAAGCCUAACCUGCUGGACAAAGCAAAAGAAGCCUAUGGAGGGCGGUUUCCAGAGGAGAAGGUGGAGGAAGUGAGGGCCUUGUUUAAAGUCAUCCCUGUAUUUUUGGCACUCAUACCAUAUUGGACUGUGUACUUCCAGAUGCAGACCACGUACAUCCUCCAGGGUCUACACUUACGGAUCCCUGAGAUAUUUAAGAUGAGUGGAGAAGGAAAUAAUUCUACUAGCAUGAAUUCUCUACACAUGCUCCCGUCUGCCUGGCUUACCAUGUUCGAUGCCCUGCUGAUUCUGCUCCUGAUUCCUCUGAAGGAUAAAGUGAUCGACCCCGUUCUGAAGAGGAGGGGCCUGCUCCUGUCGUCUCUGAAGAGGAUUGCAGUGGGGAUGUUCUUUGUCAUGGGGUCUGUCGUGGCUGCAGGGAUUUUGGAAAGCAAAAGACUGGAUGUUGUUUUCAAGAAGGAUACCAUCGAUCAGGUCAUUGGCAAGGUGACAUACCAUGCAGCCAACUUAUCAAUAUGGUGGCAGGUGCCACAGUACGUGCUCAUUGGAAUCAGUGAAAUAUUUGCCAGCAUUGCAGGUCUGGAGUUUGCAUACUCCGCUGCACCCAAGUCCAUGCAGAGUGCCAUCAUGGGUCUGUUCUUUUUCUUCUCUGGGAUUGGCUCCUUUGUCGGCUCGGGACUCUUAGCCUUUGUGUCCCUCAAAGCAGUUGGCUGGAUGUCCAGUCAUAAAGAUUUUGGUAACAUCAAUGGUUGUUCUUUGAAUUACUACUUUUUCUUGCUUGCGGGGAUCCAAGGAGUAACUCUGCUGCUUUUCCUGGUUGUCUCAGUGAAAUAUGACAAGCAGAGAAGUGCGCAGCGGCAAAACACAGUGUCUUGACAACAAAAAUAGAAACUCUUUCAUUGCCUGAAAGGAAAGCUAAGAAACUUGCAGUGCCCCAAUGUUGUUAAAUGCACAGUCCCCUUGUAUCUUAAGCCAUAGUUUUAAUACUGACAAAAUUUAAAGUCUUUGCAGAGUGACACAGCAUUCAGCAAUACCACGAUAGUGGUAUUAAUAAACAUACUUCUUUUUUAAAAUAAUAAAAAAAUAAAUUAACAAAAAUGUUGAUCUUAUCAAACAGAGAAUAGGUCAACUGUAUGUAGACUAAUAGUUAUGUUAUUAUGGUAGCAAACUGAUGAUUAAUGGAAGGCAUAAUGCAGGUACGUGUCAUUUCACGUGGCUUAAAUUUAAAUUGCAUGUGUCUAGGUACCACACAUUUGUGAGCAGUUAUGGUAAGGUACUUUAUUCAGAAACCUGUUAACACUUAUUACAGUCACAGUCCAUCAGAAAAUUAAGUUUACAAGAAGUGGGACUCCUCAAAUACAUGCACUGAUGCCUUUAGUAGUAGUUAUUUUAUUUUAACAUGGGGUUAUGCAGUUUUAAUUCAUCCCUGUCUUGUAUGAAUCAAAAGUAUAAAAUAUGUCUUGGAUGAUUCUGAGGGUCAUGCUUUACUGCAACUAACCUAUCUGAGGAAUAUACUGUGUAAAAAGAUAAAUUAGUCAUAUUGAUAACUAACAGGAUAGCAAUUUAACUCUUGUAUUUUCAUUUCGUCCUAUUUUUAAAAUCUGUUGCAAUAUUAAAUGUGUUGACCACAAAAUCUACAUGAAAAUAGUUCCCAUAGUGUUCUAUAUUUCAUGCUAAAGGAAUUUGAACAGUAAGAAUGUGUCAUGGAGUUUGUUGUAUAUUGGCACAGCAUAUUGAUAAUGAACUGGACAGAGCUCCUGUACAGUAGUGUUAAAAAGAUUAUGUUUCAGUUGCUACAAUGUGUUCUUAUUGUUGUCAAAAUUAGAAUCUAACAAUUUAAAAUGUAUCAAUUUUUUUUACGACUAACAUGCUUUGGUUUGUUCUUUCAUUUUUGCAAGUUGGAUUUAUUUGUAAAAUAUCACUAACAUUUUAAGAAUCAUUUUUAACACCAGCAGAGGUUUGCACUAAAUUAUGCUGUAGAAAUAAAAAAAAAGUGGUAAAUUGGGCUAUAUGCAGGCAAUGUUAUGAUUUUUUUUUCUUUGUACCUGUAUAUUGCUUUUUAAAAAAACCUUUCAUAUUGUAAAAAAAAAAAAAAAAUGUAUUAAGUAAAAAGAUUUCAGAAAAUGUGA